CCCCGGUUGGUCGGAGUCCGUGUAAGUGAUAAGACGUAAGUUACGCUAUCGGUCCACAUCCUAAUACACAUGUGGUACGCUGACAAUACCUACCUGCCAUGAUGGUCCGUGCUGAGUUUGCGUCUGUUCACUCGAGUUAUCGAUUGGCUUGAUGAUUACAUAGCCGUUGGUUGCAUCCCAUUAGGAUUUCAACACCCGUUACACCCAAUAUCAUGUCGAACCAGGAGCUCGUCCACGCCUACCGACAUCUUCUACGAUGGUCGUUGAGGGCCGUGCAGUUCUCCAAGCCGGCGCGCUUUGUGGUUCGAGACACUCUCCGUGCAGCCUUCCGCGAUAAGAAUGGCACUUUUGAGCCCUCGAGGGUCAAGUCAACGUUGUGGUUUCUCGAGUCGGCCGCGACGUAUAUCCAGAACAAAAGCACCGGGCCAUGGAGGAUCAGGGCGCAGACACUUUCCAAGUCCCAGCAUGUCCGAAGUCCGGGCAGCAGUGGUCAGGAGCGGUUCGAAGCCGGCCUCAGUGCCAGCAUUUUGUAUGCGAUAUUUGGCAUGCCCCCUUCAAGCAGAUCCACGGACGGGAAAAAGGAGGCGAUCACAAGGGGCCAAACCGAGUCAGAUGAGUCGGCUCCAAUUGUCGUGAUUACUCCACAAAUUGGAGACACUUUUGCACACCGUCGGAUCUUUCCCCAGGUUUCUCCGCAUUUGAUUUUUGAUGAUAGUGGUGUAAAUGGUGGUUUGCGGUCUUGUCAUUGGGGUGGCCAGCCAUGUCCCACAAGUGAGGCCCAAGAGGACGCCGUCGAUGCUCACAGUUAUGCUCUUCCGAGUAGCAACUUCUGGGCUUCGGAUGAUGGUGGACUGCGGGCUGUCAACCAAAAAAGGGAAGGUCAACAACUAUAA